UACAUUUUUCACCUCCGAUCUAGAACGUAGAAUACUUAAUAUCACGAUGGUUGAACUGAUCAAUUUUCGGCAAAUAUCGUGGGUUGCAUAUGUGUCGAAAUUAAAGAUAAAUAUUUAAGAAAGAGAUUGAUUUAAAAUUACAAAAAAAUAUCACAAUUAUAAAAUAAUUAUAUAAUAUAAAUAUUAACUCGUUUCGUCUAAAAACUAUUAUUGGAAGAUGACUUGUUCUUUUAUCCUUCAUCAGAAAACGAAGAAGAACGUAUGCAAUCUCGAUUUCCGUAAUUCAUCGAAAUUUAAAUCUUUCCAUAUACUCGUGUUAUAUAAAUUAUAUAUGUGAAAUUUUAUUUUGCUAUGCUCAAGUGUCAUUAUACGUUAAAAAUUAAAAUAUCAAACAUAUUGUGAGGAUGUGUUCGCAAUGAUAGAGUGUAAUUUUAAUCGAUAUUUGUAUUAUAUAGCAAAAAGAGAUAUAUAAAUUCUAAUAUUUUGGUAUUUAAAUUUGUUCUCGAUCGAUCGGUAAAUCUUUAUUAUGGAUGCAUUUGGACGAAAAAUGUCCAAUUGGAACGUAUUGAGUGUAGAAACCGCUCUUCAACAACUGAAUACUUUCGACGAAGAUUCCAAGGAUUUUAUUACACGUUCAAAUACGACGAUAGAAAAACUUCCGGAUAAGGUGUUGCUGAAUAUCUUCAGUUACCUAUCUCAUCGCGAGAUAUGCAGAGUAGCACGUGUGUGCAAGAGAUGGCGGCAAAUUGCUUACGACACGCGAUUAUGGAAACACGUAUCUCUACGACCGGAAAUUAGUGGAUUGCACGUGAACUCGUUGGAUUAUCUGCUUCACUUAAUCAGCACACGUUUUGGAGCUUCGUUGAGGUAUAUAGAACUGCCGAUCGAAUUGAUCACUCACACGGUUCUUCAUGAACUGGCAAACAAAUGUCCUAAUUUAACUCACAUGCUCCUCGACUUUUCCACUGCCAUGCAACUGCACGAUUUUUCGGAAAUGCAAGCCUUCCCAACCAAGCUGAAAUACAUGUGCAUCUGCCUGUCAGAGGUAAUCUUCAUGGAGGGUUUUAUGAGAAAGAUUUAUAACUUUAUCAAUGGUUUGGAGAUUCUUCAUCUUAUAGGAACGUACGAGAAAGUGGAGGAGGAAGAGGAAGAAAUUUACGAGGUGAUAAACGUGCACAAGUUAAAAUCGGCAACCCCCAACUUGCGAGUGAUCAAUUUAUACGGGAUCAAUUUCGUAGAUGAUUCGCACAUCGAUGCAUUUUCUUCCAAUUGCAUUCAACUCGAAUGUUUAGCAGUGAAUUUUUGCGCCAAAGUCACUGGCUCGACCAUGAAGACUCUAUUCCAAAGAAGUAGAAGAUUGAAAUGUCUCCUCAUGCAAGGAACAAAUCUCCAGAGUGAAUACGUGAUGCAAGUAGAAUGGGAAAAGUCGAGUAUCCAGGAACUUGAUGUGACUGCAACGGAUUUGUCAACGGAAUGCCUGAUCGACAUGUUGACCAGAAUACCAGGCCUUCGUUUUUUGAGCGCAGGUCAGUUGAACGGCUUCAACGAUAGCGUGUUGAAAGCCUGGGCUGAGGCUGGAAAUCCUCGAAACCUGAUCGCUCUGGAGUUGGACAGUUCCGAUAAUCUGACCGAUGAUGCUCUACAUAAAUUUUUAUCAAGAUACGGUCAUCAACUCUGGGGGCUCUCCUUAUCCGGCAUGCCUCACAUCACCGAUCAACUAUGGCAAAGUGUAUUACCUAUAUUGACCAAUGCCAAAAUUCUCGUAAUGGGAACAGUGGAAAGGUUAGGCGUGAAUAUUCAUGUGGACCAGUUGAUGGACGGAAUUGCUAACAAUUGUCCAAAUUUAGAGAGGUUAGAACUUCGCUGGGAUCCAGAGAAUCUUCGAUUCUCCGACAAAAGUCAAAAAGCUAUAGAUAUAUUACGUGUAAAGUGUAUUAAAUUACGGUGUUUAAGCUUGAGCGACGGAAGAUACUAUGAAAUAGUUAAGGCUAAUUUCGAACGUGCUGACAGAUUGACGGUUGUUCGCACAACAACGUGCUGCCGCGUGUCUAGUUACUACCUCUUAGCCAAUUAUAAGGAUUUAAUUUUUAAUUAAUUUUUAUAACACAUAUAUUUAUAAUACGAUGAGAGUGAUUCAUUGCCAAAAGAUCGAAUUAUCGAAACGAAUAAGCAUAUCGAAAAGUUAAUGAACCAUGACGGAACCAUGAUGGAACAAAUUAUCUCCAAUUACUUGAUUACUUAUAUACCUUGUAUUACUAUAAGAAGUCAUGCGAUAAAUAACAGAUAUAUAUAUUUUUAUAUUAUUUUCAAGCGUGUAAUACACGAGUAAAUAAGUUUAUUUUUUAAAAUUCAAAUCAUUUUAUGAUAUUAGUGUACUAAGAAAGGGGGAAAAAGGCAAGAAUAAUGAAUCGAUAAAAAAAGGAUAAUUAUGUGAUCAAUGAAAACCAUUACGAAAAACCUUGACACUUAAAAAAAAGAAUAGGAUCCAUUGCAUUCAACAAGGAAUUCAUAAUUAAUCGAAACAUUGUCAUAGGAAAAAGUUUGCCGAGUGUACAAUACAGGCGAGCAAAGGUACGCAUGAUACCUGUUCGUGUGGUAUCGAUUAUUCGUUAAUUUAUUCAAGCAGCUAUAUAGACGACGACGUCGCACUGGCCACGGCCGGUCGGUCGAUUCGCUCGAUUUCAUUCUCUAGCCACAUGCCAGACCCUUCGUUUAUAUGUUGUAUUAUAGUCGACGUAGAACCGUCUCGUGGCCAACACGACUUUUCGCAUGAUAAUCCGAAACUUUUUGUAUCUCGUCGUGUUUCUUCCUCUCGCGCUCCUUUUAUCCCGAUCUUCCCAAUGUCUGACAUCGAGGAGGAGCUAGUGGUAAGAAAGCUGAAGAUCGUCCUUGUCGGUGAUUCUGGAUCCGGAAAAGUGAGUUUUCCAGUGUUUCCUAUCAAAAGUUUAAUUGAAAUCCAAAGAAAUAACGUAUUGUUUGUAUUUUCUCAUCAUUUUCAUAAAGAAGAAAAAUAUCGAUUUGGUACAUAC